AUGGACAACGUAGAGAUCAGAAAAAGACGCAGCGCAAGAUCGCCAGCUCCAAGCUCUUUAGUCACACCAUCUCAGCAGGUCAACCAUGGAAGAGACAUCCAGUCAAGAUACAGCGAACUCUCUACCAGCGCCACCAUCAUCUUGACCAUUCUCUUCGGUAUCCUCGUCUUUGAACGCAACGUUCUUGGACUUUACGUCAUCCACAAUCCCAUAAUCGUAGCGACGUGCUACGUGCUAGCAGAACUCUACCCGGCAUCUCACGCAUACCAUCAGAUACUGCAGGGCCUAACCCUCAGUUUCCCGUUCUGCGCAAGUACAUUGGUAUUUGUAGUGUCGAUCUACAAAACAAUCAGCGACUACUGCCCACAAGCGUUUUCGUUGAUUCCGAGAAGACUGCUGCCGUAUACUAUGAGUCUGGGAACGACUAUCAUGCUCAUGGUAUUUUCUCUUGUCUUUGUUAGUCAUCAUUCUCAAAUCAUCGCACAGUUUCCUAGCGGAGUAUUCCGUGUUUCCUUCGUUUUGGGGGCUUUGGUGUACGUUGGCAUGGUCUUUUAUGUUGAGAGCAGUGUUGCUGCUAUCACUCGACCAUGUCAACGCUGA